AUGCUAACCCGCCACAGCAGCGCCGCCCUGGCUGCCGGAUUGAUGCUCAUGCCGGUAUUUGCCCAGCCCGCCUCUCGCUGCCCCGUGUCCGGCCAGACCUGUUUCCAAUGGGGUGCGGCCCCGGCGGCGGCGGCGGCGGCGGCGGCCGGCUCCAACAGCGUGUAUUUCCAGAUCCGCGCCCCGACGUCGUACCAGUGGGUUGGCCUGGGUAUCGGGUCCCAGAUGGCCGGGGCGGACAUGUUUGUCGUCUACGCUGACGGCAGGGGCAACGUGACGCUGAGCACCAGGCAGGGCCGGGGCCACGUCGCGCCCACGUACGCGGCGAAACAGGGCGUAGAGCUCCUCGAGGGCUCGGGCGUGCUUGACGGCACCAUGGUGGCCAAUGUGCGCUGCCGGAACUGCUCGGGCCUCGGGGCCGGCGGGUCCAGCCAGUGGCUUUCUGCGUGGAAGGACGGCCGCUCGCUCGACUCGGCCAGUCCCUCGGCCCAGAUAGCCUAUCACGACGGCCACGAGCAGUUUAGCGUCGACUUGGCCGCGGCGGCGCUCCCGUCCGAUGCCAAUCCCUUUGUGAGCGGCGGCGGCGGAAUCGCAGGAACGGGGGGCUCGGCAUCAAGACCGGGCGCCGUUGUUGUCGCCAAUGGCAACCCCAAUGAAGCGCUGCUCCAUGCGCACGGCGUCAUCAUGACGCUCGUGUUUCUGCUAGGGUUCCCCGUUGGGUCGCUGCUCAUGCCGUGGCUGGGCAGCUGGAUCUUGCACAUGAGCUGGCAGCUCGUGGUGUUUGCCCUCAUGUGGGCGGGAUUCGGGACCGGCUACGUCCUCGCCAGCCGCACGGGCUUGUUCUUCAAGCAGGCCCAUACGCGGCUCGGCAUCAUCCUGUGCUGCCUGGUCGGUCUGCAGCCCGUCCUGGGCUGGCUUCACCACCGGCACUACGUCGCGCAUCAGAGGCGCGGAGCCGUCAGCCACGCUCACGUGUGGUACGGCAGAGCCAUCAUCGUCCUCGGCGUCGUCAAUGGCGCGCUGGGCCUGCGGCUAGCCGGCAGCCGCAUGCCGUUUGUUGUGGCCUACUACACCGUUCUCGGUGCUGUUGCCGCCCUCUACCUGGCGACUGUUGCCUUUCGCGCUCUCGGGGGGAGAAGGGGCGGCGCGCCGCAGAGUCCAAGUGCGACGGGCUCGUCGACAAAGGGCGUCAAAUAG